AAAUGAAGAAAAAAGAAUUACCCCGAGCUUUCAGGUAUGGUUCCGCGAGGUUUGAACUCGCUCGGCCACCGUAGUGCUUAGAGGCCGAAAAACUACAGCCCCUUCCGGGCUCCGCGGUACGGGAAGACAGCUUUGGGAUGUCGGAAGAUCCUAGAGGUCCCAAGGUAGCUGACUUGCGAAGCUGAGGCUCCAGCCGAGGGCUCCAGGCCUCUGACCGGCCCAGCAGUGAGCGCGGCUGCCCGACGCUUCAGGGCCGGGAGCAGGGAGCGUGAGUCGCCAUGGCGACGCCGGCGGGUCUGGAGCGCUGGGUUCAGGACGAGCUGCACUCGGUGUUGGGGCUGAGCGAGCGGCACGUCGCCCAGUUUCUGAUCGGUACCGCACAGCGCUGCACCUCGGCCGAGGAGUUCGUGCAGCUCCUACGAGACACUGAUACCUUGGAUCUCAGUGGGCCUGCCCGGGACUUCGCCCUGAGACUCUGGAACAAGGUACCACGAAAGGCAGUGGUAGAAAAGCCAGCUCGGGCAGCAGAGCGAGAGGCCCGGGCCCUGCUGGAGAAGAACCGAUCUUAUAGGUUACUGGAAGACAGUGAAGAGAGCAGUGAGGAGACUGUGAGUAGGGCUGGAAGCAGCCUCCAGAAGAAACGUAAAAAGCGGAAACACCUCAGGAAGAAGCGCGAGGAAGAAGAGGAAGAAGAGGAGGAAGAGGCUUCUGAGAAAGGGAAGAAGAAAACAGGGGGGAGUAAACAGCAGACAGAGAAGCCAGAGUCGGAAGAUGAGUGGGAACGGACAGAGCGUGAACGCCUUCAGGACCUGGAGGAGCGUGAUGCCUUUGCUGAGCGGGUUCGACAGCGGGACAAGGAUCGGACUCGAAAUGUCCUGGAACGGUCAGACAAGAAGGCUUAUGAAGAGGCUCAGAAGCGCCUCAAGAUGGCCGAGGAAGACCGGAAGGCCAUGGUCCCUGAGCUGCGGAAGAAAUCUCGCCGAGAGUACCUGGCUAAGCGGGAGCGAGAGAAGCUUGAGGACCUGGAGGCGGAGCUGGCUGAUGAGGAGUUCCUUUUUGGGGACGUGGAGCUGAGCCGGCACGAGCGGCAGGAGCUCAAAUAUAAGCGGCGAGUGCGGGAUCUCGCCCGGGAGUACCGGGCAGCUGGGGAGCAGGAGAAGCUGGAGGCCACCAAUCGCUACCACAUGCCCAAGGAAACCCGAGGACAGCCAGCCCGAGCUGUGGAUCUAGUGGAGGAGGAAUCAGGAGCCCCUGGGGAGGAGCAGCGGCGCUGGGAGGAGGCGCGGCUUGGGGCAGCGUCCCUGAAGUUUGGGGCCCGAGAUGCUGCCUCUCAGGAGCCCAAGUAUCAACUGGUGCUGGAGGAGGAGGAGACCAUUGAGUUUGUCCGGGCCACUCAGCUCCAGGGUGAUGAGGAGCCGUCAGCUCCACCCACUUCAACUCAGGCCCAGCAGAAAGAGUCCAUCCAGGCCGUCCGCCGCAGCCUCCCGGUGUUCCCAUUUCGAGAGGAGCUCCUGGCUGCUAUUGCAAAUCACCAAGUCCUCAUCAUUGAAGGCGAGACAGGCUCAGGGAAGACCACCCAGAUCCCGCAGUAUCUCUUUGAGGAGGGUUAUACAAACAAGGGUAUGAAGAUUGCCUGCACCCAACCCCGGAGAGUGGCUGCCAUGAGUGUGGCCGCCCGAGUGGCCCGGGAGAUGGGUGUGAAGCUUGGGAAUGAGGUUGGCUACAGCAUCCGCUUUGAGGACUGCACAUCAGAGCGAACUGUCCUCCGCUACAUGACAGAUGGGAUGCUUCUCCGAGAGUUCCUCUCUGAGCCUGACCUGGCGAGUUACAGCGUGGUGAUGGUGGAUGAGGCACACGAAAGGACCCUACACACAGACAUUCUCUUUGGAUUGAUCAAGGAUGUUGCUCGCUUCCGACCUGAGCUCAAGGUCCUGGUGGCUUCAGCCACAAUGGACACUGCCCGUUUUUCCACCUUCUUUGAUGACGCCCCUGUGUUUCGAAUCCCCGGACGCAGGUUUCCUGUGGACAUCUUCUACACCAAGGCUCCAGAGGCUGACUACUUGGAAGCUUGUGUAGUAUCUGUGUUGCAGAUCCAUGUGACCCAGCCCCCUGGGGAUAUCCUGGUGUUCCUGACAGGACAGGAGGAGAUUGAGGCUGCCUGUGAGAUGCUCCAGGAUCGCUGCCGCCGCCUGGGCUCCAAAAUCCGGGAGCUCCUGGUGCUGCCCAUUUAUGCCAACCUGCCCUCUGACAUGCAGGCCCGUAUCUUCCAGCCCACACCACCUGGGGCACGAAAGGUGGUUGUGGCAACGAACAUUGCUGAGACAUCACUCACCAUUGAGGGCAUCAUUUAUGUGCUGGAUCCAGGGUUCUGUAAGCAGAAGAGCUACAACCCCCGCACAGGCAUGGAAUCGCUCACUGUCACACCCUGCAGCAAGGCCUCAGCCAAUCAGCGAGCUGGCAGGGCAGGUCGGGUGGCUGCAGGGAAGUGCUUCCGCCUGUAUACCGCCUGGGCCUAUCAGCACGAGCUUGAGGAAACCACAGUGCCUGAGAUCCAGAGGACCAGCUUGGGCAAUGUCGUGUUGCUGCUCAAGAGCUUAGGGAUCCAUGACCUAAUGCACUUUGAUUUCCUGGACCCUCCACCAUAUGAGACACUGCUGCUGGCUUUGGAGCAGCUGUAUGCUCUGGGAGCCCUCAACCACCUUGGGGAGCUCACCACGUCUGGUCGAAAGAUGGCAGAGCUGCCGGUGGACCCCAUGCUGUCCAAAAUGAUCUUAGCCUCUGAGAAGUACAGCUGUUCAGAGGAGAUCCUGACAGUGGCUGCCAUGCUCUCUGUCAACAACUCCAUCUUCUACCGACCAAAGGACAAGGUCGUCCAUGCUGACAAUGCCCGUGUCAACUUCUUUCUCCCUGGCGGUGACCACCUGGUUCUGCUAAAUGUUUACACACAGUGGGCUGAGAGUGGUUACUCUUCCCAGUGGUGCUAUGAGAACUUUGUACAGUUCAGAUCGAUGCGCCGAGCCCGGGAUGUGCGGGAACAGCUGGAAGGGCUCUUGGAACGUGUGGAAGUUGGUCUCAGUUCCUGCCAGGGGGACUAUAUCCGUGUACGCAAGGCCAUCACUGCUGGUUACUUUUACCACACGGCACGGUUGACUCGGAGUGGCUACCGCACAGUGAAACAGCAGCAGACAGUCUUCAUUCAUCCCAACUCCUCCCUCUUUGAGCAACAGCCACGCUGGCUGCUCUACCACGAACUUGUCUUGACCACCAAAGAGUUCAUGAGACAGGUACUGGAGAUUGAGAGCAGUUGGCUUCUGGAGGUGGCUCCCCAUUAUUAUAAGGCCAAGGAGCUAGAAGAUCCCCAUGCAAAGAAAAUGCCCAAAAAAAUAGGCAAAACACGAGAAGAGCUAGGGUAAGAGAAGGACGUAAACAGAACCUGACACCAGCUCCUUUUCCUUCUAUACAUUAUUUAAUACCUAUUAAAUAAAAUUAUUUUUGGAAUAAAGCUUGUGGGAACAUUUGGGAUCCAGAGAAA